AGUUUACCAGCUCUAACAGUAGACGCGUUGUCAAAUUCGCUGUUUAUUAACAAAAAAUAUCUCAUCAAACGCCAUCAACAUAGUUAUUUAUUAUUUUGUGCGGGUGUGUAACGGAGCAGAAACAGAACAGAAUUGUUCUUGUGCAAAAUUUUUGCGUAUUUACUUUCUAAUAAAAAAAUAUAUAUGCGAAAAUAGUUCACGUGAAUAGGCCCAUAGUUUAUUUGCGCAACAAAAAAACUACCAAACGAUAAGGUUUUCGUUUUCGGAAGUUGAGGAGUAACCCAAAAAAAAAAAGUAAAGGAGACGGCAAGGCGUUUCGAUUUUCCACCACUAGCAGCCAAUGAAACAACAACAACCACAGUAACAAUCAUAAAAAACAUCAACACAUCAUCAUAGCAUUCAUUUAAAAUACGCAAUAAACAAUACUAAUAAUAUUUGUGGCUGAUUUUAAUAUAGUUAGUUGAGCGUGUUCUUGUUGUUGUAGGCAAGCAGUCGUCGUCUUGUUAUUAUCUGUUUUGGGGGCAAAACUAGAAGGAAAAAAUAACAACAACUUAAAUAUUUUUCUCAUUGGCAUUGCUGGCUAAACAAAUUGAAAACGAAAACAACAAAAAGAAACCAAUUCAAAUGAAACAUCAAAAAGUGAAAAAGUGUAUACGAAACAAAACAAAAUUAGCAACAACAACAACCACUCAAACAAAAAGAAAACGACAAGUGUGAUUUGUUUUUGUUGUCGUUGUUUAUUGUGUACGUGUGCAUCGGUUCGCUUUGCUCUAUGCUCUGACUGAAUGUGUGCGUCGUGUUUUAAUAGAUUAUUUAAAUGAACAAAUAUUUUACGCUGACAACAAAAACAAGGAAUAACAACAAAAAGCAGCAAAGAAUCGCAAAACAAAUACGAACAUAUAAUAACUACAACAAACAUUAGAAGCAAACAGCUGAAGGAGAAGAGAUAGGGAAAUAUAUUUUUGUACGUUGUUGCAUAAAUUAAAUGCAUCAUCAUCACAGACACCAGCAACAACAACCACCACCAGCACAAUGGCCAAUACGCAAGAAGUGACGCAAAAGGAUUUGCACGAUUUGUUAGAAAUUUUCGAAAGAAAAUCCUUCGAAGCAGGUCCAUGCGAGGAAGGUACAUUGGAAGAAGACAUUACGAAAAAAUGUGAAUUCCUAUUUAAACAAGACUAUUCCCUGAUCGAACUUGAAAAUACAAAUGGAAUCCUCAGUCCACGUUAUCCGGGUCGGAUUUUUAUACCAGAAUAUGAGCACAAUAGACCCAACAACAUGGCAUCUACGAUCACCGCCAACAAUACGAAUAUUUUCUCACAAAAUGCGACGCCACAGAAUAGCAGCAUAAAUGGAUUCCACCAUCAACAUCAUCUCCAUUAUGCGAAUAACUCAACAACAGCUAAUACCACCAGCAGUAAUGGUUCUAUGUCGUCGUUGUCGUCUUCAACGGCGACAGCACUCAAUAUGGGAACAGCCAAUAAUGGUAUACAUGCCUUUGUGACAUUUGCCAACGGGUCCAUGUCACAAACAACAACUAACGGAGUCCCCAACAACUUACCAACAGCAGCACCAGCACCGCCGCAUCCGUAUUUUUCCACACAAAUGCAAUAUCCUCAACAUUUAAUGCCACAAACAACACCAAAUACCAGCGUGGGGUUAAAUGGUGGUGGCGGCGGUGGCAAUGGCACCACAUCCACCUCAACAUCAUAUCAGCAUACCAUCUACGAAGACUUGUAUGACGUCAAUAAGAUACGUGAACUCAUUACCAUGGCCAAAUAUGCACGGUGUCGUCAACGGUUUGCUGUUCCUGUGAUUAUGUAUCGCGGCAAGUAUAUUUGUCGAUCGGCCACCAUAUCCGUAAUGCCCGAAACAUAUGGACGCAAGGUGGUCGACUAUGCCUACGACUGUUUGAACGGCACAAACUACAGCGAUCGGGGGAAUCAUAUUGUCGACGAUGAGAACAACGACAACAAUGAAGACUCUUUGAUGAAUCAUGCCUUGAAUGAAUCUUCGCCUUUUUCAUACGAUGAAGUGAUUAAGAGUGACAUACAAUUGUUGAAUGCACUGAAUGUGUCGGCAAUUGUCGAUUUGAUGGUGGAAAAAAGGAAAAUCAAGUAUUUUAUGGCUGUCUCUUCAUCGGAAAAGGCUGAUCCAGAAAAUCACUACGAAGAAUUCAAUAUACUAUCGCUACCCUAUCCUGGCUGUGAAUUCUUUAAGAAAUUUCGUGACAAUAAUUAUAUGGCCAAGAAUCUAUAUUACAAUUGGAAACAAUCAUUUAAUGAUGCCAUUAUAAGUGUACCGAAAGCUGGUCCAACAGCUGAUUUGAAUAUUAACUGGAGUGACUACAAACAAUGGGAUUUGGUGCAAAUAACACAAAACUAUCUAAAGGCCUGCCUAAAAUAUAUACAAGAAGAAAAUUCAGGUCUUCUGAUACAUUGCAUCAGUGGCUGGGAUCGAACACCGCUGUUUAUAUCCCUAGUACGACUAUCGCUAUGGGCCGAUGGUCUUAUUCAUCAGAAUUUAAAUGCUCUACAAAUGGCCUAUUUAACACUGGCCUAUGACUGGUAUUUGUUUGGCCAUCAGCUACCCGAUCGUUUGAAACGUGGCGAAGACAUAAUGUUCUUUUGUUUUCAUGUGCUUAAAUAUAUAACCGAUGAAGAAUUUAGUAUUGUAGAACAUAGGAAACGUACUAAAACCUCAAGUAGUAGUGGUAGUAGUGUUAUUGUUAUUAAGUCUGAUUGCUGUGAUGAUGAACCACUUAAAGAAGACUUUAUAUUAAGUUACGAUCAAGACAGCAAUGAUAGUUUUUCCAAUAGUUCCAACUGUGAUAUGUCCAUAACGGAUAAUUUUUAUGCAACUUCUGCAACGACGACAACAACAAUGCCAACCGCCUCAGUAACAGCACAACAACAAAUGGUUAUGAAUCCUUUUACAAGUCGUUCACCGAAUCCUAAAAGAUCAAAAACUAGUCCUAUAUCAGUGCCAGGUGUUAGCGCAACACGUCAACGACAAGAGUCCACAUCAUCGAAUGGUAGUUGGCAAGUUGUUACCGACACCGGAUCAAUUGAUUCCAUGAUGAAUGGCAGUUAUAUGAUGCAUUUUAUAUCACAACAACAACCGGAUAAUAUAUCGAUAACAUCGUGUAACAGUGGUCACUACGUAAUGACAGGAAACGGAAGUACGACAGGAAAUGGCUACAAUUGUCAUUCAAAUACACCCAGUAAUGGCAGCAAUGCCAGUUUAAGUAGUAAUGGUAUAAACAAUGGCGGUAACGGUGGUGGUGCACUAAAUUUCCUAACGAAUGGUAUCAACGAUAAGGAUCUGAUGAAUGGUUCGAGUAAAACGUCAACAAUAAUGCGUAAAAAACGUUUAAAUGCCGUUAGAGCUAUUUUCAUACAGGCGUAUGGGAAAACUGUUGGCCUUAAGUUUAAAGAAGGUUCUGCCAUGAAUUUAGCCACAUUUAUUGGUACUUUAGCCGAUCAAUUAUUUUAGAAAUAAUGAGUGAAGGACGAUUGAUGAAAGAAGAUCCCAAAUCCAGUUGUCAUUUUGUUAAAGUACCUUAUUAUCGAUAACAUCAACAACAAUUACAUCCUCUAUCUACCUUUUCGUUCCUGCUAAACAUAUACAUAGAUACAUAUAUUUUUGUUUUGUUUUUAUUUUUUUUUUUAUAUAUUUAAUUAUUUUUAAUUAAUUAUUGGUUUACAUCUAUGCGCGUUUGUAUAUCAUUUAAUUUUUAUUUUUAAUUAUGUUAAUUAGUUUGAAGUUUGUAAAAUAAUCAAAUAUAAGUUCAUAAGUAAUAAUAAUAUAUAAAUGAGAUGAAAAACGAUCAAGUUAAAGAAUAUUUUCACCACACGAAAGCGUAAAAUAAUGGAAUUUAGUAGACGCUUUACUGCUGGCAACAAUGACGACGAGGUUGUAAUAGCAAACUUUUUUUGUUUUGUAGAAAAAUACUUGUAUUUUAUUUAAGUUUAAAAGAGAAAAACAAAUCAAAUAAUGUAAACGAAAUUAAAUAUUUAUUUAUAGUUUUCGUAAAAUGUAUAAUAAUGAAUUCGUUUUUAAUUGAUUUUUAGUCUUUUUUGUUGGUAUUUUUAUUUAUUGCCAGUAUUGUUGUGAAAAAAAAAACUCUACAAUAUGAACAAUUUUAUUCUACUUAAUGAAAAUAAUCCAAUACCGAAUAAUCCGCCACUGAUAUUGAUAUACAUAAUUCGAUAUUAGUAUAAAUGUUAUUUAUAUAAUUUAUAAGAAGUCAAGUCUAACGAUUAUAAAAUCAUGGAAAGCAUAUUUUAUCUGUGAUUGAAAAUAACUAAAAUAAUUGAAACUUUGUCUGCCACGUUGUAGAAGCAGAACAAUAAUAAACAUUGUCCCACAAAAUACUUGCUCUGUUCCAGUACCUGCAAGAAUCACUA